UGCAGGAGAUGAAACCAAGGAUGGGAUUCGAUCUUCAAGCACACUGCCUGUUACGCAGCCACCUUCUGCUCCCCCUACACCAACCCAUCUGGCAGGCACAGGAAAUAGUUUUGAAUUUGAAGACCGUGGCGAUCUUAUAAAAUUCUACAACACGAUUUAUGUACAGAAAGUUAAACGGUUUGCUUUGAAGUUUUCAAGUGGUGGAGGACAGACUGAGAAUCUAACAUUAUCACCACUGCCACUAGCAAAGAACCAGUCUAUGUCACCUUAUCGCAGAGUGUCAGACAAGCACACCGUUUAUAUUCGAUCACUGGAGCCCAAGGUGCUGCCAACUUCUCCAACACAGCCUCUCAGCUACUGCUUCAGUAGGAGUCCAGCCAAAGAUUUGCGUGCAAUUAACAACAUGAUUCAGAUUGACUCAAAGAGAGUGGGGAAGAGAUUACUUGUGGAUGAUUCCGCUGAUGCCCCUCCACCUAAACAGCACACAGCUGCAGCUAGGAGACUGCAAGACUUGAUUGGUGAACGGCUUGGUCAAACGCAGGACUAGACCCAUCCAUGUUGUUGAGGCAAGAGUAUUUCAAGUUUGAAUGAAGGAUUUCUAAUCUCGUAGUGUUGAUGUGUCAUAGAAGUAGUUGGUUAAAUGCAGUUCUGUUCUUCAAAAAGACUGCAUUGUUAUGAAGCAUCAUGGGAUGAAGAGUGACUGGGUGUCAAGAAGACAGCUGUUUGCAUUGUAACUAACAGACUGUGAUAAUACCCACCAAGAAGGAUGUACAGGAACUGUUCAGUUCUGUUGUAGUCUUUGCCCACAAAUUAACUUUUAAAUUCUGCGCUCUUCUAAGAAAUUUAUUAGGUAGAUACGCAUGAUCUGAAACAAGCAAAAUUAUUUUACUGUCAACGUUACACCUUACUUCAAUUAAGAAAUACACUUUAUAAUAAUAGAAAUGUCUCGUUUUGAAAUUGUUACUGAGCCAUAUAUAGUAUAGGUAUGUCAGAAUGAAUUUUAAAGUUUGAAAUGCAUAUGUAGAAAAGCUGUUUAAUACCAUUACCAUGCUGUUUGCUAGUAGCUUACAUUUCUAUCAAUUACCAGUAGUUUUAUAGUUGUGACAUAAUAUAUAAUAUAGCACAAUGAGAGUUUGUGUGUCUUUGUAAAGUUUUAAUAGAAUGACACAUGCCAUGGAAAGUGCAUUUAAUCUCUCACUAAAGCGAUGCUUGGAUUUGAUAUGAAUGUUUAGAUUCUAAUACCAGUUGAAGACAAUGUGGCAUUUUUGUUUCUAUAUCUGUACAUGUUGAAAAGUGUGUUUUAUGCUCUAAGUCAUUAGAUCUUGUCAGUGGAAAUAUUUUACUGGCAAAUUGAUAGAAAUGUCAACAAGAUUUUCUUUCUUUCUUUCUUUCUUUUUCAUCUUCUUCUUUUUUGAAGGUGGUUUUAAAAGUAUUGCUUUAAGGAGAUAAUUUAUUAUGUUAAUGAUACAGGUGAAUUAAAAAGAUAUGCUAUUCUGAGGUUAAGUGGGAUAAUGUGCAGUAACUGCAUGGAAGUAUUUUUUAAUUCUCUAGGAGUUAUGCUUCAUGUAUUAGCACCAGGUCAUUGUGAUUUGCCUCACAGAUUCUGGGGUGAUCAUAAGAAUCUGAAGAUCGUGAACAUGUAUGUAGUAUCACAUGCUUCAUUUCUUCUUCUUCAACAUGUGUUUGUUAUUUACAUAAAAUUGCAGUGUUUAAUUUGUUUUUGAUGCUUUACAAGCCUGGAUAUCUCUUUAUGAUUUUAGUG